GAAGGACGGGGAAGGGAGGUUUGUAUGUUAUAUAUCCCAUACGUGGUCAUGGUUCAACCAGGAGUUGUCGCAAAUAGUAACGCGUGCAAAUGAGCUAUCGAACUCGAGGUAUGUCGGUUUUUACCUUCUUAUAUUCUCACUCGCGUUUUUCCUUCUUGAACCUCCUUAAUUCUAGUCACACCAACGAUGGAGUGAAUACACACAACAUAUUCUGUUUAUCGGUGGUACAUUAUGGGUUUCCCUCCGUGCCCCUGACAGAUAAAUUAAGCAUGUCAAGGCAAUAACAGAACCUAAGAAAUCUUUCGCGUGCUGAAGACAAACGUCAAUCGAAGCCUUUCUUUAUUGCCAAACUCAACCUGCAAUCCCUAGGCAAGAAGGUUGUUCAACGGGCUUUACUGCCCCCGGUCUUAUAUUUCAAAUUUGGGAGCUCGACAGCUUUGGAUUCGAGUUGAAUGGUUUGCUUCAACUUUGUGUUGUGAGCUUCUUGAUUGCAACCCAGUUACUAGGCUCUACGCCGUUACUCCUACAAAUUAUAUAUAUAUAUUUCGAGGGAGCAUCUCAUGGAGGCGAGGCAUGGAUGGAGAAAGCAAAAAUCAGAAAUGAGUUCAAAAGCUCAAAGAGCACAACGUCUAAUAGAUCGUUUGGGGUUAUAUACAAAAAUCGCAUGUUAGAGUGAUGGCUGACACUCAUGAUACUGACUCAAACAAGUCUUUGUAUGAUAUUUUUUUCUUUAUUUUCUUGUUCCUCAGGUUUCCGUCGAGGCACAACUCAAGUCUCAAACUCAGCAAAACAAAGAACGAUAAAGAAAAUAUUUAAUCACAAUGGAUCUUGAAGGCCUCGAGGAAACCUACUGCUAUAUCCACCUACUUAACGCUCCCGGGUAUUCCAAACGAGGAAGAUUUUCCAGGAAAAUGAACAUCAUCAAGCUAUUUCCCGAAAAUACCACCAUCAAUCACUUUUACUGCAAUCCCCGACCGAGGAAGAACGCAGGCGAUUGGAACAAGCCUAGGAAAAUACCAUGGAAUCAACCCUUUCCACAUCGCACCCUUCAUUACCCGGACGCACAUCAAUAGAAUAUCUCCCUGCAGAGAUCAAAAUUGAAAUAUUGUGCCUACUGCCGGAUCUUGAAUCGCUGCGCGAUGUGGUCAAGGCAUCUCCCGGUUUCCAUAGCAUCUACCAGUUUGACCGUAGACGGAUUUUGGCCCGUUUAUUGACCCGGACGACGCCGCUCGCCAUCCUCGCAGAGGUGGCUUCUCUACCGGUGUUGCGCCGGUCGUCCGAUCGCGGGUCUCUGAAAGGAACGGAGGAGGUGGGGAUCUUGGGUUUCGCAAAAAGUUUUCUAAAUACAUAUAAUGAAUUAUGUUACUUUUCUCGGCACUCUGUUGGCGACGGCCGUGAUAUGAAGAAGAAUGUCGGCACAGAUGCAGAUGUCGAAAGAGGAAAUAAGGAGGAAAUAAAAAACAGGAGAGUCAAUGGCGUGAACUUUACGUAUUCGAAAGACAAAGGGCUAUCAGCUCAGUUUUGUGCGUUGUCGCUAGACGAACUUCUCGUUGUCGUUCGACAGCAUUUUAUUGUACACGCGAUAUCAGAAGACUUUGCGAUGUCUUGUUUGAGGCUCAACCCCUUUACGGGGAAAAGAUAUGAGAACGGCACCGGCAGCGGUGGCGGUGAUGAGAUCCUCCUACUCUCCGAGGCUGAAUCAUACCGUAUCCGCCGGGCUCUGUACCGAGUCGAAAUGCUAGGAUUCAUGCACACGGUCUGGAAUGUGCACGAUCCGAACUAUUACAUCACCUUCCUCCAGUCUUUACCACCGUGGGAGGUGGAAGAAAUCCACUGUAUCAGGAACUACAUGUACCAAAUCUACCUCACGAGCAGCCCGGAAACGAACCGUUCUUCGAAUAAGAGCGUAAUCGAUGGCCAGGGGCGCGUGGCGAAUCGGGCUAGGGUUAGAAGCCGAAUGAGAGGCAGAGCCAGUGGUAUUGGAGUCGGUAUUGGCGGACCAGACUUGGAAGAUGAUGUCGAUUUUGACCUCGCUGUUGACGACCAGCGAGAACAAUAUUUGACUCGCGGUCUCGAAUUUCUCUGGCAGUGGUUCCACCUUUCAGAUCAGGUAAAGCCCUGUCCAGUUAUGAAGGCGAAGGUCAACACAGGCACAAACGGAAACAAAAUAAUGAAAAUUUCGCAACAACGUAUGAUUAAUCCAGCAACCUGGGUAAUUGAGAGCCACUCAACAAACGCUUCGUUUUUCCUAACUCGUGCCUUGAACCCGAGUGUCACGGGUUUUUUCUGGCCCAUUAUCGAGCGUUCAGAGAAGCUUAUUUCUGAUGCAGAUUGGUCAAGGGCAAAUUUAGGUUGGGAGUGGUUGCAUAAGAAGAACUCGAAAUAUCUGUGCCAGAUGCAUAAUUGUUAUAAUAGGAAAUGGGGAUACGUGUUUUGGGACCAGAGGAGGUUGACGAAGAUGGGGUUGACGGAGGAGAUGAGAUGGGAAUAUGCACCGUUUGUUGAUUGAUAUUUUGACAGUUUGAGUUUAUCUUUUGGCGACAUCGAGCAGUAGACAUUCGGAGUUUUUUUCAUCUUCUUGAUGAUCAGUUGGGUAUAUACACACAUAUAAUAAUAUAUAUGACAUGGGUCGGUGGU